AUGCAGCCCGCCGAAUCCGAGAGACCCACCGGGGAGACCCAACCCGUGGCCAAUGCUAAUGCUAAUGCUAAUGCUACUGCCAAUGCCAAUGGCACCGCAUCCGCAACCGCUACCACCGAGGGCGCGCGGCCUGCGAAGCGCAAGACACCCAAGACGGAGAAGGACGAGGCCGCAGAGAAGGCCGGCAACAACCAGAAGCGCCGCCGCCGCGUCUUCUCCUGCCAGUCGUGCCAGAGGCUGAAAUGCCGAUGUGAAUAUGACCCCGGCUCACAGGCAUGCCAUCGCUGCGUCACCCUAAGAAUCGAAUGUUCUCUCAAGGGUGAGAUACUGGACCUGCCAACGCAUACCAAGACGGUGGAGAAUGCGUCAAGCAUCGAGGAGCGGCUUGGACGCCAUGAGAAGUCCCUGGCGGAGAUCAAACAGAUGGUAGAGUUCGUCUCCCGCCAGUUCGGGCUCGUCGGGGACCUCGCGAAGACCAAAACAUCAGAUGCCGAGCCCGCCACUGCGUCACCCGAGUCUGCGGACGACGAGGACGGCCCGGAGAGCAUCGCAGAUCCGGUUGAUCUCGGCAUCAAGUCCGCCCCGACUGCUGUCUUGAGGGAGAUCGGCGAGCACGUCACCGUAACCCAGGGCUACCGCAGGCUAGAACACGUGAAGCUCGACCUCGUGCAGCUCCAGCUGCUCAACGAUCAGACGGCCAGUGAACUGAUCCGACUCUUUCUGCGGCAUCACAGGCAGCUGCUGCUUGUGUACGACACCACGGACUCGCCGAGCCGGGACAUAAGGGAGCUCUCUGCCUUUCUGCAUAGCGUAUGCUGUCUGUGUGCGUUCCUGUAUCGGGAGGAUCUCUGCGGGACUCCCAUCCACCGUCAGGUCUAUGAGCAGGUCCGAAUCACCCUCGGCCAGGCAUUGCUUUCGAGCCCCUUGAAUCUGGAGGAGAUCAAUGCUGUCCUGGUGAUGAGUGACCACGUCGAUGGGACCGAGUAUAUUGACAGCUGGCUGCUGACCGGUUACUGUGUAAAGCAGGCCAUGCUGAGCCUUAGUUUCUCCAAGGUUGUCAGCAAUAUCAGGCGUGGAACGGCCACCAUCCAAGACCGACGAGCCAUUCAUUUGUGGUCGACAAUUUGCCUACACCACCUCCACUGGGCUGCAACGACUGGGAGACCGUCCGUUCUCCAGACCCCAUACAUCAACCAAUGCAACAUCCUCCUGAGCUUCUAUCAAGCAAGCAUGCAGGACGGCAUGCUGGUGGCGGAGAUACUUCUGUACUCGGUCCUACACCAGAAACUGGCACGCCGCUCGUACUUGGACGCCAACGGCGAAUGUGAAGAGUUCAAGACUUGGAAGCAAAAAUGGAACCACCUGAUGGCAUUGUCUACCGCAUCGAUGCUACGAAUAGGCUACUACGCUGCAUACUUGAUCCUCGGUGUGAGGGCACUCGAAGAGCGUGGCGAUGCCAUGAGUCCCAGGACGUUCUUAUCGAAUCCGUCGUUCGGAUCUCCAUCGAAUGCCAGUCAAAAUUCGGAGUCCAAGUUGAAGAACACCACCCAGAUGCUCCAGAUGCACACGGCGAGGUAUGCGCAUUCGGUGCUCGAGACUUUCGUGGAGAUGCCGCCAUUCCUCAUGGACACCAUUCCGACCUAUCUGUGCCUCGUCAUCGGAUACUCUGCACUUGUCCUAGCACACUACGACGAAACGCAGUCCAAAGUCUCGUCCGAGGUCAGCGUCGGCCUCAUAUCGCGGCUCGAAGAGUGGUGCACCCGCACGCCGAGUAAGUUAUGGGCCAUCAAGUUUGCGACCCUGGCGCGGCAGAAGGUAGAGUCCCGGUCCGGAACCACACGGCCGCACCACGGCGUCAGGAAGACAGCAGCAUCGGCGGAGCAUGACCGCCGGCAGCACCCGGCCUGGAACACGUCCGAAGUGCCACUGCCGGCGUUCCCGGCGUCAGCCGACCAUAACACGUCGCCUUCGUCGAUUUCGGAGAACCGGACGUACGAGAGCGAAGAAUAUGUUGCCGCCCCGGACACAUUCCACAUGGCCACAGACCCAAUACAGAUGGGGUACGAAAUAUCCCAACCGGUCAUCCCGAGCAUGGAAGACUUCUUUGGCGGAGGAUUCCUGGAUUUCAUGAGACAGCCCCGGAGCUAA